AUGUCAAACCCCAGACCGAAGAUAAAACACGAUUAUAAACAUAUACUUGUUAAAAACGCGUUGUACAGCAUAGAUAAUUUUGAAGUGUUUCCUCUGGUUUUAAAUAAAAUUUGUCAGGCCAGAAAGGACCUCUCAUUUUGUAAUGCAGCCGAGAGCUUCACAUUUACAGAUGCAAUAUGCCGAGUAGAAAAGGAGCCAAAAGAUCACGGAAAUAAAGACCUUGUGAAGUUGCGAAAACUUAAAAACAUUUUCCAGGAUGGUAUCAGAGUUCUUGAUAAAUACAUAAGAGAUGAUAUAUUACCCAAAGAUAAAGGAGCAAAAUUUGCCGUGGAGAAUCUACUGUGUUUUUUUUUGAAAAAUUUUCAAAACCAGGUAGAGUAUACUAGCAUUUAUAAUCUAAUUGAGGCUGCUAGAAAGUUGUACAAUGCAGUACAUGAUGUAAAAUUUGAUUCUGAAGUCCCCAUAAUUCUGGCACAUCAUCUUUUAUCGCAGUUGGUAGUUUGUCCUGCUUACGUAGUUGAUCAACAAAACAGAGGUUCCAGAUCCACUAGAUGUCCAUGUUGCAUGGAAGAAAUGUCAGGAACAUUUGGAGACACAAGUAUGGGGAGCACCAGUGUUUGGCAUGGAAGGCUUGAUAUUCUCUUUGAUCAUGUCUUUGUUGUAUGUACUUCAAGCCUAGACAAUAAUAAUGAUGAUGAUGAUGAUGAAGGACAGUCGUCUUCAGUGGCGAUUGUGUAUGAAGAGCAAAGAGGAGCUCUUAAAAACACUAAAAAAAUUAAGGAUCAACUGAGAGCCCAGAACAUUGUUUUUUCGUUUGUUCAGAAGCGUUUCCAUCCAGAUUUACAACAUUUUUUGGUGCCUCAUAUUGGAAUAUCAGAGGAUAGUGUGCAACUAUAUUUCUAUGAUUGUGAACAUGAUAUUCUAAUUGAAUCCAGACAAGAAAAGUUGUUCGUUUCUGAAGAAGAAAUUAAUAUGAAAACUAUUAUAGGACUUUGGCUAGUACUGAACCACAAAUACUUCUGUUCAGGCAUAACCGAAGAGAUGAAAACUGGAGGUUUCACCGCAGGAUUCCUGGAAAAUUACCCGGCUAGAAAAAAAGAUAUAUGAGGAAAAGUUGAAGUUUGGUUGUGGAUCAUCUAGUGUUGAACAUGAUGUAAAUAUUGACUAUAGAAAUGAUCAUGAGUUUUUGGAAAUUGAAACACCGUUAAAGAAACGGAGAAUUAAUGUAUUUUCUGACUGUAGUCCCGAUUGAUUUUAUUGAAUUAUGCUGGUCUUUACUGCAUAUUACAUGACAUCAACUUUAAAUAGUAAGGCACAUUAUGCCUCAAAAACAAAAUGUCUUGUUGCUUUAAAAAGGCACAAUGCUUCUUUAGAAAGAACAAACUUGUAUUUGAUAAUGUUUAGAUAAUGGAUUUAGAGAAUGUAAGAUGCUUGUUAUCUGAAAAAGGUAGUGAUAAAUGUGAAAUAAUUUUUCAUAAAAGUAGCAAAAUGUUAACAAACUAGUACUGUGAAAUCAUUUUAAUUUGAGGCAUAAAUUUUCGUGGUUUCCCGGCAAAAGGCAAUUUCUUGGGGUCGUAAAUUCCUGGAUUUCAAUUUCAAGGAAUAACAAAUAUAUUGGGCCGAAAAUUCGUUGAUUUCAAAAUUCGAUAAAACCAUACAAAUAAUAUCCCUAAUUUGUGCUAUGAAAUUGUUGACACGUGCAUGUUCAUGUGGUUCCCCCUAACCGUCAACAGAAGAUUCAUAACAAAAGCUCAUUAGUCAGUUUAGUAUUGGAUUCAUAUCUAUGUUUAUCUUUGAUUCAAUGAAUGAUGUACAAGAAAAUCGUAGGUAGGCACACAGUUUGACUACAGACGAUGUACCAUUUUCGCACCACUAUGAGCAUUUUUGGUGCUGUUUUUGCUACUUAACAUUAUCUUGGGCACAAUUUGUUCGUUGGGAUUCGAUUUUGUGGGUUACCUGAACCACGAAAUUCACGAAAAUUAAUCCCCCACGAAUAUUAAUGAUUUCACAGUAUUUUGACUUGAUUCAGUAUAACUAUACUUAAGGGGAGAUAAUCCUGAAAGCUGUUUUUACAUUUUUGUUUCCCAUGUUUGACUUAGAAUAUUUGCCUGUUUCUUAAAGUUCAAAGGCACAACACAGAUUUAUGUCAACUGUUAUGAAAAGA